AUGGUAUCAAUAGCUCUCAAACUUUUAUUCCCCAGAAAAAAAACGAUUCCGGGAGUGUGGAAGGACAUCAUUUCGGUGGAGUCGGAUUUGGCGAAAGUCGGUAUAAGUAUUAAAGAGUAUUUGGUAAAGGAGGGGGUUGUUUGGAAGUGGCGAAAUGACCUAAAUGGGGCUUUUUCUGUUAAACAAGUGCGGCUGGACAUAGAAGAGGCCUGCUCCGAUGGCGUCAUUGGCUCCCCUGCUUUCGGCUGGAACAAUUGGGCCCCUUUGAAAGCCAAUUACCUGCUGUGGAGGGCGAUGAUCGGCAAGAUCGCAUCUAAAUUGGGGUUGAUCUGCAGGGGUAUUCCUCUUGGAGACAGCUUAUGCCCUCGGUGUGGAUUAAUCGACGAAGACCCGGACCAUAUUUUUGUUAAUUGCCUGUGGGCUCAGUGUAUUUGGUGUAACAUUUUGGUCUGGGUUCGGGUUGGUUUUCCAGACGGCAUUAACAGCCUAAAGGACCUUAUUUUCUACAUUAAAAACCGGCCGGGUGGUGCUAUGUGGAAGAGAAUUGGUUACACUAUUGCUAUAGCGACGGUGUGGAAGAUUUGGAACGCUAGAAACGUGAAGGUCUUUAAGGACAGUUUUAUUCCGAUCUCUAAGACUGUGGACCAGAUUAAAGAGGAUGCCUUUCGCUGGAUUAGCAACAGAUCAAAGCUCAAGCCGCCUUUGUGGGAGAAUUGGAAGGCUUUUGAUAUUUUAGCCCUGUUGUAA